AUGGACUCUCCUCUGUCUUCCCUCUCCUUGUCCCAGUCACUUUCUAAUAGGCAACACAUUGUCCGUCCUGCUGCUCGAAGCUUGCGGUUAGAGCCAGAAAACAUCCAUCCUAAUUCCGAUUUGGAUUCUUUCUUUCAAAAAUCCAAGCCCCAUGCCUCGUUAAUGGACCCUUUCUGUAAAGGUCGUUCCUCUGCCUCCCCUGCAUCUUCUCUUGCCGCAGACUUCUCAAUGAACAUGCACAUAGACAGGAGCCCUGCACUUCCCACUCCCCGACGUACAUUAUUUCGCUCUUUUUCUUGUACGGUUGAAACACCGCCCGCGGAUGCUUCUGCUACCUCUCCUUUAGAUGAGUCUCCCUCCAACGCUGCCUUGUCUCCUUCUUGCCUUCUCCAGCAUCCUUCUAGAAAGUUUACGGACACAGUACCUCCCAACCUAGUUUCUCCUAGACCUUUAUCCAUUGCCUCCAAGUUUAAACCAAAAUCUUCAAUGUCUUUUCACUCUAAAUUGAAUGAUUCUUCUCGCAGUUCAAGCAGCAAUGGUUCCGUUGAUUUGUAUCUUCGUCCAACUGUUAGUCGUUCUCGUCCUUCAAAUAAUGCCGCCCCUCCUUUCCUUCGAUCACGCUCUAGUUCGUCCUACUCUGUUAAUAAACGUAAACCUCCAACUGCGCAGGUAAAUAAGCAACUGUCUUAUGCUGUAUCACGUACUUGCAGCCGACCUGGUAAUUCUAAUGGUAUAUUUUCGAGUUGUUUGAGUGACGAUGUGGAUGAACUUGAUAGUAUGUCGGAUCAAGACCAAACUUUCAUGAAUGAGAAUUUGGAAGACGCUACGGUAAACCAUAUCGAUACCGAUGAUGAUAAAGGUGAUUAUGAUGUUGACCUACAUGAUGCGAGCCAUGAGGAUGAACAUUCACUGGACGAUUUGUUUCAAGCGUCCCCUGUCAAAGGGUCAUCUGGUAUCGUUUCUAUGCCUUUUAAUAAUUUUGAAAACAUUCCCCCAACACCUAUAGCCCCUCCUAUCAAUGAAGAAAAUGACUUUGAUGAACAGGAUACACCGGUACUUCGUCGUAGCCGAAGCAUGUUUUUAAAGUCAACCAAAUUAGGUUUAUGGGGAUAUCAAGAUACCAUUUCUGCUACAGCUAAGCAACCGACUAAAGAAUCUGAUGAAUAUAUAUCGUCUCAAGUGGAAACCCUUUCUUUACCCUGUUUUGGAGUCAAAGAGGAUUCUUUAAAAAGAAUUAGUCAGGAUACUUUUCUCAAACUUCUGGAUGGGUACUAUAGAGAUAUUUUUGAUGAAUGUAUAAUAGUGGACUGUCGCUUUGAGUAUGAGUAUUUGGGAGGCCACAUCGCUAAUGCCAUAAAUUUGAACUCAAAACAAGCGGUAGUUGAGAAAUUUUUUAAUAAGCCUCUUGUACGUCGGACAGCUCUCAUUUUUCAUUGUGAACAUAGUGCACACAGAGCCCCCCAUAUGGCAUUACACUUUCGAAAUACGGAUCGCGAAAUGAAUAGUCAUCGUUAUCCGUUCCUUUACUAUCCGGAAGUUUACAUUUUACAUGGGGGAUAUAAAUCGUUCUUUGAAAAUCAUAGAAGCCGUUGCAAUCCUGUUAAUUAUGUUCCGAUGAAUGAUGCAUCUCAUGUAAUGACUUGUUCCAAAGCUAUGAAUAACUUCAAGCGCAAUGCUACUUUUACUCGUACGAAAAGUUACACUUUUGGUCAAAGCCUGUUGGCUUCUCCCGAUAUUAAUGACUCCCCUACAGCAACGCAUUCGUUAUCAAAUUUGAAAAGGUUUUGA